AUGGAAUUCCCAACUGCAAAGAAGCCUAACAUUGUUCAUGCCCUUCCUACUGAAAUUAUUAUUGAAAUUCUUUCACUCGUUGGUGCUGCAAGUGCUCCUGAUUUAUUUGCAUGCAGAUUGACUUGCAAGGCUAUUAAUAAAAUGUCACACGAUGAGAAGAUAUAUAAGAAGGUUUCUUUCGAACAUCUGUACAUGCCUUCGUUGCGUAAUGAUGAAAAUAAAGCAAAGUUUUUUUAUUUAUGCUUGCAAUACAAGAACCCAGAAGCACUUUUGCGUUAUGGCAUGGGAACAAAAUAUAUCACUAUUGAAGUCCGGAUAAUACGGGUUUAUGAGAAGCCAAACUUUAUGAACAAUCUGGAAGCUGGUAGCAUUGAAAUGAUUUUGAUGGAUGUACAUGGUACAAAAAUACAUGCCAGUAUUCGAAGGAACCUAAUUGUUGCUUUUUGGCCUAAGAUUGAGGAAGGAGGAUGUAGACAUAUUUCAAAUUUUUUCCUACGUGAUAAUGCUGGAUACGAGCUAACUACGCAACAUAAAUUCACCAUAUCAAUGAAUUAUGGAUCGUCUAUAGUAGACUGCAAUCCUUUGGAUAUUCCACUAUAUGGUUUUGAAUUUGUUCCAUUUGGUGAUAUUUUGGCCAAAAAAGGUUCUGAUGUUUAUCUCAUUGAUAUAAUUGGGCAAGUGACUGCGUAUGAUGAACUAACCAAUACCGCUAAAUCGAGGUGCAUGACUAUUGAGCUGAUGGACACAAAGAAUGACAACCUAACAUGUGUUCUAUGGGGCACAUAUGCUGAUGAGAUGAUAAAUUACAUAAAUGCUGAGGGAGCUAAUGGUGCAAUUAUAGUCAUCUUACAGUUUGCAAAACGAAUCAUGUAUAAAGGUGGUGUUCGUGUUCAAAAUUCUCGAUAUGCUUCAAGAUUCAUGUGUUGCAAAACUCAACAAAUAUCUGGUCAACUAACUCAACUGACGAAUGAGAGUGAUGACUUUUUGAAGCAAGAAUAUGUAAAAGAUAUUUUCGACAUUAUGAACAUGAAAAAGUCUUGUGUAUGCGUAUGCCUAGCCACAAUAGAGGACAUAGAUGUUGGGUAUAGUUGGUAUUAUGAUGGAUGCAACAGAUGUAUGAGUGGAGUGAUUAGGGAAGAUGAUGUCAUCCGGUGUAGAAAGGAGAAUGUAGUGCUACGUAGUACAACACCAAGAUUCAAGAUAAAAUUGAUUGUUGCUGAUAAAUCUGGAGAUGCUUCUUUUAUGAUGUUUGAUAAAGAGGUGUCUAAAUUGGUUGGUAGAACAGCAAAAGAAAUGGUUGCCUCUCAAAAUCAGAUAGAAAACAAUGAGUUUCCUGAAGAACAAAUCAAAUUAUUGGGGAAAAGAUUUUUGUUUAAGGUCACCGUGCCAUAUAAUAAUGGCGUUGAUCAAAAUUAUUCCUACACUGUGAAUUCUACGUCCGAUGAACCCGAAUUAAUUAACAAGUGGAUUGAACUUUAUGUGAAGUUGGAGAACUCUAUUGUUGUGAAAAAAGAGAGUGAGGCAGAAAGUGUGCAAGAAUGUGAAGAGAACAGGGAUCUCUCUCAUUCGGAGGCAGACUCUUCUCUCUCCCACAUCACACCGCAAAAGAGGGCAACAUUACUUGAUGAACAUUCACCCUUAGGGGUGCAGCUUUCAACUAACAAGAAACUCAAGUCUGUUGUGCCUCAAGAAGAAGAAUGA